AUGGAAUUAAUAGCGUUAGGUCUGCCAAAGCCUAGUGUAAGAGCUAAACGCUGGUUCUCCUCAUCUCCGGCCCCCACCCCGGCCAGCCCCGAGAGCCCGUCACCUCUGGGGCUGAGGCGCAGUGGGGGAGGCGAGACCGAGAAGGAGUCUGGGCUCGGCCCCCAGCUCAGCCCGCCCCGCUGUGAGGCCGAGAGAGCGCCGCUUCUCCCGAGGGCCGCCUUCCGUGUCCGCUGGCCGAGAGAGAGGCCUGGGGGCUCCGCGCGGCGGUUCCCGGCCCCGGCUCAGGGCAACCGGCUGCGACCGAGCCCCAGGCUGCGUCCUCGGAGGCAGCCGCUAUUCAGAAGACGACGGAGGGCGGGGGCCGUCCCGGGAUUCUGGAGAUCUCUGCGAUUUUGUCGACUUGUUGAAGGGGGGAAAAAAAAUUACAAAAAAAUCCUGUCAGUGUCAAAGUUCCAAGCUGCCGCUCUAGGCCGUUUUGCUUCCGCCCAGGAAUUAACACACCAACUGGUGUUCUUUAAAAAGUUUUACGUCACGUGUUUGGGGUAUGGGUGGGGCAGCCCUGAGCGGCAGGGCGAAGGGUUCCGGCGCCGCCGAGGCCGCCGGUUGCCCGGGCAACGCCGCCUGCUCUUCCGGGAGCGCGACGUCGGAGCCCUCGGCGCUGCGGGCCUCACGGGCUCGUUGAGCGUCUUGCUCACGUCCUUAUCUCAGGAUGGAGUUCGAAGCCUCGUCCCGCUCCUCCUCAGGGCUGUGGCGCCGCCUCGGGGAAGGCUCACCGCCUCUAGACGUCCCCACCCAGAGACAGGCGCGGGCCAGGCUUCUUAG